AUGAAUUGGGCCUUGCCACUGCGUUGCCGCUGUCACCGCCAGACUCCCCGCCGCCGCCGCCGCCGCAGGCAGCUGCACGCCAACCCAGAGCUCAGCUUUCAGGAGAAUGAGACCAGCGCACUGAUCAGGCAAGCUGACCGCAGACGUUGGUCCGCCCUGGAUGGCCUGGGCAUCCGCUACCGCCACCCGGUCGCCCGCACCGGCAUCGUGGCGGAGGUGGGCGCCGGCCAGCCGGUGGUGGUGCUGCGCGGGGACAUGGAUGCGCUGCCCGUCCAGGAGGCGAGCGGCCUGCCGUACAGCAGCCGCAGGCCGGGCGUCAUGCACGCCUGCGGCCACGACGGCCACACCGCCAUGCUGCUGACAGCCGCCAAGGCGCUCAAGGCGGUGGAAGGCCAGCUGCGCGGCACGGUGCGCCUGCUGUUCCAGCCCGCGGAGGAGGGCGGCGGCGGCGCGUCGUUCAUGGUCGCAGAUGGCGCGCUGGAGGGUGCGGCCGCCGCCUUUGGCAUGCACGUCAACCCGGCAGCCCCCACGGGCACCGUGCACGCCAAGUCGGGGGCCACCUUUGCCGCCGCGGAUCGCUUCUCGGUGGUCAUUCGGGGCGUGGGCGGGCACGCGGGGAUGCCGCACAAGGCGCGGGACGCGGUGCUGGCGGCGUCUAUGGCGGUGGUGGCCCUGCAGCCGCUGCUCUCCCGGGAGGUCAAUCCUUUGGAGGGCGGCGUGGUCACCGUGUCGCGCUUCAACACGGGCGAGGGCGCCCCGAACGUCAUCCCCGAGCGGGUCACCCUGUCUGGCACCAUCCGCGCCUUCUCCGACCCCAUCUUUGCCCAGCUGCGGCAGCGAGUCACUGCCGUGUUCACCAGCACCGCCACAAUGUACGGCUGCAACGCCACCGUGGAGUGGUCGCCGAUGCCCUACCCGCCGCUCAUCACGGACGCCGGCAUGACGGCGCUGGCGCUGGGCUCGGCCGCCAAGGUGGUGGGCAGCGGCAAUGCAGUGGAGAUUUUUGAGCCCUACAUGUACGCCGAAGACUUUGCCUUCCUGGCCGCCAAGGUCCCCUCCGCCUUCCUCAUGCUCGGCAUCCGCAACGACACCGCCGGCUCGGUGCACGGCCUGCACACGCCGCAGUUCAGGCUGGACGAGGCGGCGCUGCCGCUGGGGGCCGCGCUGCACGUCCAGUUUGCGCUCGACUUCCUGAGGAGCAGGCAGCAGGGGGCGGGCGGUGGGGCGGGCGGCGCGGCGGCGGCCAGGGAAGAGCUCUAG